AUGGAACAGUUAACCUCACGAGCUUUGCACUAUAUCACGACCGAGAACGAGAUAUCGAGCCGCCAUGGCGAUUUCCUGGUUAGCUCCGCAAAAGCCACGAUUCCAACUCAGCUCAGUGCACAGGUCCUGUAUCAGAUUCCUCUUGACAUGAACGGCGGUACUUGGAACUCUGGAGUCGAUUACACAAGAUCUGUCAAGUUACCACGUGUUACAGUCACAGCGCAUUGCUUGACUACAUACAACACACGGAACACGACAGUGGACACGCCAGUUGCCUACGCUCUCGACGGCGGUACUUCUAUUGGCAUAAUUUCUGAUCUCAAGGCCCUACUUCAGCACCUCCUCGACCACGGUAUCUCUCAAGAUACACUAGUCAACGCUAUGCCGCCUAUCUGGGUUGCUUCGCCUGAACCUGGCUCCUCCUCAUUUACUGGCAGUUUUAUCCAGAGCAACUGCGAUGGCCUCGAGCAAUUCACGAUUUCGGAUCUACUGCUCAACAAAUUCAAUGAAUCUGUGCUGUUGUCAAGUUCUUGUUUGUCUAUGAAGACUUGUACAGUAGCGGCUUUCUGGGAGCCGUCCCAACACGAACUUGCUACCGACAGCGGCUCAUGGGUGGUCCAUACGGGUUCGCUUUCGAGCCUGAGCAAUGGCUUACCCGAAGAAACACGGUCGAUCCAUGCAGAUCUCAACAGCAUCACUGGCCUGAGCACCCCUUCAUUUGGUGCCAUGUUAUCUAAAACUUCACGAGGUGACAGCACCAGGCUAGCCGCCGCGCUGGCUACCGUCUUCGCCGAGGUCCCUUGGAAAGAACAAAUACAAAGCGCGUCCUGGGAAAAGCAUUAUACGGUGAUUAAAAUUGCCUUGACGCGUUUUGGCUACGGAUACGAGACAUCUUCCGUAUCUGCACGCUUAUCGCUAACAGUCAUCAUGGCGUACUGCAUACUUGCUGUCGGAUACAUAACGUACAUGCUCAGUAGCGGCCACACAUCUACAGCAUGGAGUUCGGCAACUGAGAUCAUUGUUCUUGCAAUGCAGUCCAAGCGCAGUGAGCAUUUGCGCCACGUUUCGGCUGGCGUCAACUGUUUAGCAACAUACCAGGAGCCUGUGGGGAUACGAGUCAAUGAUCGCGAUCAUUUGGAACUAGUGUUCGAGCAUGAUCAAGGUAAUCAGUCGCGAAGUCUAAGAAGGGCUAGGCUGAACAAGGCGUAUUGA